AUCUUCCAAUAUCCGCGAUCUAUUCGUGCAAAGCAAACCGCGCCAUUCUUCUAGACCUUUCGGUAAUCUUCCCUCUAUUUUUCGCGAGCUUUCCUCUCCAUGCCUUUUUAUAUCCAUAAUUUUCUUGCCAACCAAACAAUCAGUUGCUAAAAUCUCUCCUUAGAUCAAACGCUUUCCCGCGCGAAUCUAAGAUCUCUUUCAUAGUGUGUGUCUUGUGGUUUCUGGGUCUUUGGAAAAAUGAGCAGAGUAGCCGAUUCGAGUGCCUUCAAUGGGGACUUUGCAACAGCAGUGAACCAACUGCUCAAUUUCCCUGAAACCAUUGACAAGUUCAUGUUCCCUUCUCGGGCCCACGAAACCAACAACGAGAACAAAGGAGCGGCUAGCAUUCCAGUGGACAUUUUGGACUCUCCCAAGGAGUAUAUAUUUUUCUUGGACUUGCCUGGCUUGUCCAAAUCUGAUAUUCAGGUAACAGUUGAAGAUGAAAACACUCUGGUGAUCCGAAGCAAUGGGAAGAGGAAACGUGAAGAUGGGGAGGAGGAAGGCUGCAAGUAUCUGAGGCUUGAGAGGAGAGCACCCCAGAAGCUGUCGAGGAAGUUUAGGUUGCCCGAAAAUGCGAAUGUAGGAGCCAUAUCUGCCAAAUGCGAAAAUGGGGUUCUCACUGUGGUGGUUGAGAAGCUUCCUCCACCUCCCAAGCCCAAAACAGUUGAAGUUUCUAUCUCUUGAAGCAGACUUACAUUGGCCUGUUUGUGGUUUGCUGUCAUACUAGGGUUUUGGGCUUUAGGUUUUAGGUUCCUCGUUGCGUUACUUCGAAGAUUUCUCUGUUUUGAAUGACUUCUGCCCUUCAGAGAAUGCUGGUUUGUAUUAUUAUAUACAACUAAAAGUUGAUUG